AUGGGUGAAAUAAAUUAAUUAUUUUGCACUAAUAAACCAAUUUUUUCCCAAAUUCAUUUGUUGAUAAUUUGUUCAAUCAAUCCAGAUAUGAGGAAGGUUUUAAAAAAUAGUUGAGUUUAGUAUUGAUAUCUUAUUUUUACAAAAAUAGAUUUAAUUUUAACAACCUAUUCAUUCUGAUUUUAAAGUUCAAUAGUUGUCAACAAGUAGUCAAUUAGAAUGA